UGUCGGACGGAUCCUCUCUCUCUCUCUCUCUCUUCAAUUCUCUGUUUGUGGAAUCAGGAAUCCUUAUAUUCGUCGCAGAAAAUAUGUUUCCUCGCAAUUCUGGGACGUGGUUUGUGUUUUUUCUACUGAUUUCUCCCACCAUCCUGUACAAAGCCAUGUCCGACGAGGAUCGUUGGGCCGCCAAGAAGAAACGGAUGAGUGACAAAGUCCGCAAGAUGUUUUACCAUGCUUAUGACAACUACAUGAUUUAUGCUUUUCCGCAUGAUGAGUUAAAACCUCUGACCAAAACAUACACCAACUCUCUUGUCGAGCUCGGAAAUUUAAGGCUUGAACAUUUGCCGCCAGAGUAUAAUGGAUCUGCCCUUACACUUAUAGAGUCAUUGUCCAGUCUUGUCAUCAUGGGAAACAACACAGAGUUCGAAAGAGCAGUUCUUUGGCUUUCUGAAAAUUUAACAUUUGAUAUUGAUGCAAGGAUAAAUCUUUUUGAGUGCAACAUAAGAGUUCUUGGAGGACUUGUUUCUGCUCAUAUUCUUGCAACUGAUUCUACAAACAGGUUAGUCCAAGGAAAAUACAAGAAACAACUUCUUAAUCUGGCUGAAGAUUUGGGGCACCGUUUUCUACCUGCUUUUGAUACCCCUACAGGAUUGCCAUAUGCAUGGAUUAACUUGAAGUAUGGAGUGAUGGAGCAUGAGACAACUGAAACAAGCACAUCUGGCUGUGGUUCACUGAUUCUUGAAAUGGGAGUUUUGUCACAGCUGACUGGUGACCCCAGAUUUGAAUCUGCAGCCUUGCGUGCUCUUCGGAAAUUGUGGAGCAUGCGGAGUUCUUUGAAUCUUCUGGGAACAACUUUGGAUGUAGGGACUGGAGAGUGGUUAGAGUACUCUUCUGGGAUUGGAGCUGGGGUUGAUUCAUUCUAUGAAUAUCUAGUAAAAGCCUAUAUUAUUUUUGGAAGAGAUGAAUUUUGGAGAAUGUUUCAGUCUGCCUAUCUUGCUGUGGAGAAAUAUUUCAAACACGGCUCAUGGUACCAUGAAGCUGAUAUGAGGACAGGACAGCCUACUUAUUUGCAACUGACAAGUCUUCAAGCAUUUUGGCCUGGUCUACAGGUACUUGUUGGGGAUAUUGCGGCAGCUAAUUCAUCACACCGUGAGUUCUUUUCUGUAUGGGAAAGAUUUGGAGUGUUACCGGAAAGGUAUUUGCUGGAUCGUCAGAUGUUGCACCCUACUGAGAAAUAUUAUCCUUUACGCCCUGAACUGGCAGAGUCAACAUUUUAUCUAUAUCAUGCAACCAAAGAUCCAUGGUACCUAGAAGUAGGUGAAUCAAUUGUAAAUUCUCUCAAUUCGUACACCAAGGUUGAAGGCGGAUUUGCAAGCAUUAGGGAUGUCACAACCAUGCAAUUAGAAGAUCAUCAGCACAGUUUCUUCCUUGCUGAAACGUGCAAGUAUUUGUAUCUUCUCUUUGAUGAUUCAUUUUUAGUUGAUCGGAAUUAUAUUUUCACAACUGAGGGCCAUCCUUUCCCAGUUGUGAGUGCCUGGCAUGAGAGGCUUCCUGAGGCUUACAUCCCAACCUACUGGACUGAUGUCAGGGACGAACGACAAGCAAAACGAGCAAGUCCAAUGUCUUUGCAAGUCUGUCCAGCCACCGCAUUGAAAUCUGGGCUUGGCGGCGAACAGGUUGAGAGUGCUUGCCAUAUCCCUGAUGUUCGAGCUGACCACAGGUGUUUGGUUGAGAAGGAUUGUGGAGUUGAUGCAACCACUUGUAGGCGAAGAUCCUGCAGCAUGGCUGGCUACUGCGGCCUGUGGUGGGCAUGAGAAAACCCUGUAAAGCUCGACAUUCUUUCUGCGAGAAGGAAAUAAUUGCAGAUCCGGAGUACCAAGAUCGUAGCUCAAGUAUCAUUCGUCCCGCAGGUACUUAUUCUGACACCAGUUGGAUAACAGAACAAGAAACGAAAGAUGUGCAGAAGUCCUUAAACUUUAUGCCAACUUUUGUGCUGAAAACUAGUUACUGGGCAUAGGAACAAGUUUUUGAUGUGCAGCCAGCCAUGUGUGAAUGAACCGAGGACAUGUUGACAUGGUUUCCAAGGGCAAAGGAUCAUUGUGUUAGAAGUUUUAAGUUGUU